AUGAAAUUAUACUCCACAUUUACCGCAUAUCUGAUUUUGCGUAAAGUCCUAUUAUCCGCAAGAGCAGCAGGUUGUAACAAGAUUUUCUUGAUCACGCCAAACCAAAUGUAUUGUAUAAAAAUUGAUCAACAAUAUGUGAGACCCGAUGAAGAAGAUGAUGAAGAUGGUGAAGAAUAUGAAGAAGCCGACGAAGCUGAAGGGGGUGAGGGGCCCUAUAGACAAAAUGAGGAAGUUCGUGAUAGAUAUGUAUUCAAUUUUUUCAAUUAA